ACGCGCGCGGAGCGAUGUGGACCCUCCGGGCCGCCGUCCGCUUGGGGCUCCGGCCUUCUCGAGCGCCCUGCGGCCGCCGCCCGCCGGGACCCCGGCCGCCGCCGCCCUGCUCCGCGCGCGCGCUCGUCGCCUUCGGCCCCAGGGGCCCGGGCCUGGAGGGGGCGGCGGGCGGGGCGCGGGGUCCUCGGGCGGAGGGCAGGAGGGUGCGCGCGGGAGAGGAGGAGACCGAGGAGGAGCAAAGUGAUGCGGAGCAGGAUGAGGAGGAGGAGGAAGAGGAGGAGCUGCUGCUGACGGAGCCUCUGCUGCCCGGGGGCGCCCAGCGCGUGUGCGUGGUCCACCCGGAGGUCAAGUGGGGCGCCAGGAGCCCGCAGCUCACCAGAGCCGAGUGGCAGGUGGCUGAGGCGAUGGCGCUGGUGCACACGCUGGACGGCUGGGUUGUGGUGGACACGGUGGUGCUGCCCACGAAGGUGCCUGACAGCAAGUUUGUCUUUGGCAGGGGCACCUUCGAGCAACUGAUGGAGAGAAUCAGAAAGUCGCCAGAAAUCACAUCCGUCUUUCUGAACGUGGAGAGAAUGGCCCCGCCGACAAAGAAAGAACUUGAAGCUGCCUGGGGUGUGGAGGUUUUUGACCGGUUCACAAUUGUCCUUCACAUUUUCCGCUGCAACGCCCGAACCAAAGAGGCGAGACUGCAGCUGGCACUGGCCGAGAUCCCCCUGCUGAGGUCGAACCUGAGACACGGCGUCCCUCAGCUGCACCGCGGAGGGGGCUCGCGCUACAUCAUGGGCUCAGGAGAGUCUUUCAUGCAAGUACAACAACGCCUCUUAAAAGAAAAGGAAAUGAAAAUUAAGAAGGCCCUCGAGAAACUGAAGAAGAAAAGACAUCUCCUCAGAAGGCAGCGCAGGAAGCGAGAAUUUCCCAUGAUCUCCGUGGUGGGGUACACAAACUGUGGAAAAACCACCCUAAUCAAAGCACUGACCGGGGACGCCGCCAUGCAGCCCCGGGACCAGCUGUUUGCCACGCUGGAUGUCACUGCCCAUGGGGGCUCGCUGCCCUCACGCCUGAGUGUGCUCUACAUGGACACCAUCGGCUUCCUCUCCCAGCUGCCGCACAGCCUGAUCGGGUCCUUCUCCGCCACGCUCGAGGAUGUGGCGUGCUCAGAUCUGAUCAUCCACGUGAGGGAUGUGAGCCACCCCGAGACCGAGCUGCAGAAGGCCAGUGUGCUGUCCACUCUGCACAGCCUGCGCCUGCCCGCCCCGCUGCUCGACUCCAUCAUCGAGGUCCACAACAAGGUGGACCUGGUGCCGGGGUACAGCCCGCCAGAGCCCAAGGUGCUGGCCGUCUCUGCCCUCCUCGGGCAUGGGCUGGAGCAGCUGAAGGCGGAGCUUGAAGAUGCUGUUUUGAGAGUGACGGGGAGGCAGGUUCUCACCCUCAGGGUCAGGCUGGCCGGAGCACAGCUGAGCUGGCUGUACCAGGAGGCGACUGUGCAGGAUGUGGCCGUGGUUCCUGAGGACGGCACGGCCCACGUGAAGGUCAUCAUCAGCAAUGCCGCUUUCGGCAGGUUCCGGAAGCUCUUUCCAGGAUGAGGAGGUGCCCGUGGCCUCGUGUUGCUCUGGCCUUUUCCGGGAAGCCGGCCCCACUCUGCUGGGCAUCUGUGCUGUGAGCUGCCCAGUGAGCCCCCUGCUGCACUGUGUCCCUCACACCCACCAGCCGUGCCAGCCCUCGGUGAUCCCAGACAGAGGUUGGGCCGUGUGAAUUGAGCUUAUCCCCAGGGUGUUUGGGUUACAAGCCAGUAAAUGCCGUCUCGUUUGUUCUUAA